CGUCCAUAGUGUUCUUGAUUGUGUGUGCGAUUGUGCCCUGCGAUAGGUUAGCACCCCAUCCAGGGUGUCCCCCGCCUUCUGCCCCGACUCCCCAAGGAUAGGCUCCAUGCACCAUUUGACCAUUUUUUGUUACCUGUAAUAAUGAAGAAACCUCCAUGAAACCUAACUCUAAAUAUCUUCUAAAGUAAAUUGCUUUAAAGUCUUUUUCAGUUUGUCCUAAGGGUGUGCAAACUUUUGCACUCUGAGGAACUAAGUCUCUAUGAUCUAUUAUCAUGCUUGAUUAUCAUAUCCGUUAACACUACCUUUUUUUAAACUAUAUAUAUAUAUUUAUGCAGAGUGAAAGCCUCAUGAGAUGGAGGCUCAAGAGAAUCAUAUCCGCAUUCACGUGACUGAGGACGUGGGCCAUGUGAAUGGGACGUCUAGACAAAGAGUCAUCACCAAAGAUCCGGUCGCACGGCAGCACGGAGCCACUGUGAGCUUCCACAACAUCCAGUACAGUGUGACGAUAAAGAGUAGCUCCUGUAAGAAGAAGAACGUCACUAAGGACAUCUUGGUGGACCUGAACGGAAUUAUGAAACCUGGUUUAAAUGCCAUUUUAGGCCCUACUGGAUGUGGCAAAUCUUCGUUUUUGGAUGUGCUUGCAGCAAGGAAGGACCCCUCGGGUCUUUCUGGUGAAGUCCUGAUCGAUGGAGCUCCACAGCCAUCCAAUUUCAAAUGUCUCUCGGGCUAUGUUGUACAGGAUGACGUGGUGAUGGGCACUCUGACCGUGCGAGAGAAUCUGUGUUUCUCGGCUGCCCUUCGUCUUUCAUCUGCUAUAAAAAUGAAAGAAAAGGAGAACAGAGUUAAUCGUCUCAUUUCCGAGUUAGGCCUCAGUAAAGUGGCAGACAGAAGGGUGGGCACUCAGCUGAUUCGCGGCAUCUCUGGAGGUGAACGAAAGAGGACCAGCAUUGGCAUGGAGAUGAUCAUUGACCCCUCUGUACUGUUCCUGGAUGAACCCACUACAGGCCUGGAUGCCAGCACCGCCAACUCUGUUCUACUGCUGCUUAAACGAAUGGCCAAUAAUGGACAUACCAUUAUCAUGUCCAUCCACCAGCCACGCUACUCCAUCUACCAGCUCUUUGACAACCUCACACUGCUGGUCAGUGGCAUACAAGUCUACCAUGGACCGGCCCACAAUGCACUGGACUACUUCGCCAACAUUGGUUAUAAAUGUGAAACCCAUAACAACCCAGCAGAUUUCUUCCUGGAUGUCAUUAAUGGAGACUCCAUAGCUGUGUCUAUGGCCAAGCUGCAGACUACAGAAGGUAUUCAUUUACAUUUCUCAGAUGCUUUUCCCCAGUGUGACCUUGCAUCUACAGAAAACAACACUAUUGGAUAGCUUGUUUCGGGGCACAGCGCCAAUAGCCAGGAGUUUAAAUCAUAUACAAAACCCAUGGCAUCUUGAAUUUUAGCCAAAUUUUCCUGUGGCCUACCACCACCAUUUUCACUUUCACACUCUUCAUUGCUUUAAUGUCAGGUUCUGGAAUCCUUCGGAAGUGAUCAAAGACAGAAUUAAUCAAAAAUGCUUGAUUUAAUUAGAUUAUUGAUUAUUGUGAAGGGCUUUUCAUGCCUAGCCAUAGCUAAGGCUCGUGUAACUGUCAC